AUGAUGGACGGAACCAUGAAAAGGCGCCGAUGGUACUUCCUUCGCCACGCGCAGUCAUCGAACAACUCACGCAGCAAACUCGACAUCCCGGAGCUGCAGCAACAGCAGCAGCUGCUGCAGAAGCAGCAGCAAACGCAGCUGCAACAGCAAUGCGGAGGUAGCAGCGUACGAACUCCAGAUGCGCCUCUGACGGACCUCGGACGGCAGCAGGCUGCUGCUGCUGGUGCCUGGCUGCAGCAUCAGCAGCAGCAGCAGCAACAGCAGCCGCAGCAGCCUGGAGCAGCAAACCCUCGGAUUGCAGCGAUUGUCGUGUCGCCUAUGUUGCGGGGUGUACAGACAGCUCGCGAGCUGCAGCAACAGCUGAAUGUCCCCGUCAUAAUUCACCCUCUCCUCUUUGAGGCGGGUGGCCUUUUUGAAGGAGAAAGACAGGUAACAGGGUCAGCAGCAGCAGCAGCAGCAGACAUGUCUGCUGCUGCUGCAACGGAGCAGCAGCAGCAGCAGCUGGGGCUCACGUGGGAGCAGCUGCAGGAAAUAUGUCCUGGGGCCGUGCUGGCGCCUGGGGUGUCUUGGCCUUCAGAAGCAGCUGCAGCAGGAGCACCAGCAGCAGCAGCCCAAGGUUCGACAAGCAGCAGCAGCAACAACAGCAGCAGCAGCUCAGGAGAGAUCAGCUGCUGCAGCAGCGACCCCAGCGACUCAACAGCAGCUUUUGGGGGGCCCCCCGGUGGAGGGUACUGCCCUGGGGGCCUCCAGGGGGGGGGCCCCUGGUGGUCAGGGCCUCGGGAAACUUUCUUUGGCACUUUGAGGCGGUUGCUGCUGCUGGCUCAAUGGAUAGACAGCUUCACAGCUCACUCGGGGUGUGCUGAUGCAGCAGCAGCAGCAGCAGCAGCAGCGGACGCUGAAGCAGCAGCAGCAAAGGCGCCAGCAGCUGCGUCGGACGCAGCAGCAGCAGGAACAAACGCAGCAGCAGCAGCAGCAGCAACGGCAGCCCUCCGAGGCGAUGGCGCGCUGCUGCUGGUGGGCCACGGGCUGCUGCUAGACAUGUUCAUGCGAGCCUUUGUUUCAGCUCCGGCUUCCGGCAUUUGCUGCUGCACCUUCCUGAAGCAGCAGCAGCAGCAGCUGCUGCAGCUGCAAAAGGGCGGCUGCCGCUCUGACGUGCUGUACCUUCCGCAGCAGGAAGCAGCUUAUUUCCUCUCUCCCAACUGCGCAGUGUCUUGCCUUGAUGUAGUUGUUCACACAGCCUCUGGGGAUCAGCAGCAGCAGCAGCAGCAGCAGCAGAAAGGGGCGGUGUGCGGCAUUGGGGCUCGGGAGGAUGGCUGCUGCUGCUGCUGCUGCUGCAGCAGCUGCAGCAGCAAGGACCUGCGGCGAACAGUGGGCGUGGUGUACUGGUCGCAGCAAAUUAUACCGCCCGACAUUUUCACAGGACAUGCCUUAGGCUCAGCUCCGGUGAUUUCCAUAUGA